UUCACGUAAACAAUCCUAAUUUUAUUGAUAAGAAGAAAAUCCGGCUCCUUUAAAUCAGUUUCUAGUUGCACUACAAUGGGAAAUUGGUGUGCUUUUGACAGUUCUGUGCUUCAGAGAAUUUGCAUCAGAAGUCCAAUCACAUAAUAUCAAUAGUCUGUUUCAUUUUAAAGGGCUGUUUUGUGUUAUCCGUCUUCUAUCAACAGCGAUGAGUGUAGAGGUCCAUCCACUUACAAGCAACCCUACAGCUGCCUGGAAGGACAUUAGCAGGACUCAAAAAGUCAUCAAGUUAAAUGUCUCGGUACCGAAAGCACCAGUAGCUCAAGACAAGGUACGCUUUGUUUGUAUGAGUGACACACACUCAUUGACUUCACACUUGAAAUUUGACAUUCCGGAUGGAGAUGUGUUUAUUCAUGCUGGAGAUUUCACUCGAUGUGGUGGCAUUGAUGAGGUCAUCGAAUUCAACAAUUGGAUCAAGCAUCUACCUCACAAACACAAACUAGUCAUCGCUGGAAACCAUGAGUUGAGUUUCGACAGCACCUUCACUCAUCCAUUGAAGAAGACCGCCAUGGAAAGUAGUAUUCAUGAAAUCCCUACACUUGGGUUGGCCCGAGAUAGUAUGGUCGAAGCUGUAAAAAAAUUAGACACGCUAAGUCGUCUAACAAAUUGCACCUACCUACAGGAUUCUUCAGUGGAUCUCUAUGGGCUUAAAAUUUACGGAACUCCAUGGCAACCAGAAUUCUGCAAGUGGGCUUUCAAUGUCCCGAGAGGUCAGGAGUGUCUGGACAAGUGGGAGUUAAUCCCUGAUGACGUCGACAUUCUAAUCACUCACACACCACCCCUAGGCCAUGGAGAUUUAUGCUGCACUGGUGUUAGAGCAGGAUGUGUUGAAUUGCUCUCUUCCGUUCAGAAACGUAUUCAUCCCAAGUAUCAUAUUUUUGGCCAUAUUCAUGAAGGCUAUGGAGUUUCCUCUGAUGGAAAAAUCAUCUUCAUAAACGCCUCAACUUGUGAUAUUAAUUACCUUCCGACCAAUCCACCCGUUGUAUUUGAUGUACCUUUGCGUGCAGGAUUUGUCAAGGAAUAAAAUGAUAAAAUCUGCUAUUCACUCAA